AUGGCAUAUUGGCCAGUAGAAUCAUUUAUCAUAGCAAUGACUUCGGAUGGCAUUAUUUCAAAAAUGCGUCUCGGUAACCAACACUGGAAAAGCUCCUGUGCAGCAGCUAAGAAAGCUUGGAAAGUAUUGAGGCAGCAGUUCAAAGUUCAUUUUGAUAAGCUUUCUGUUUUACGCUCUGGGGGUGAACCAGAAGAAGACCUUGUGGAUUGGCCAUAUUUUAGAAGUUUGAUGUUUUCGAAAGACGUGUUUGAGAAAAGAUCCACAACUGAUAAUUUAGACGACGUGGAACUCGAUACUGAAGAUGUGGUUGAUAAUAGAGACGAGGAGGAGGAACACACACAAAAUGAUGACUAUGACUACGAUAUAUCACCUCCUCUUACACCGUCCCCACAAACAUCAAGUGUUGGGCGUUUUUUUGGCAGUACCGGUCAUACUUGUUCUUCAAAAAAAGCGGAUAAUUUAGGAUACAGAAAAAAUUUAGUGGAGAUAGAAAAAGAAAAAAUACAAAUGAAAAAAGCAAAAGAAACAUCAAAUAUUGAUAGAAACGAUGAAGAUAUAGCCUCCUUUGCUUCCUUGUUGCCGCAUGUAAAAAAAUUGGCACCUGCUGAGAAGUUAAGAUUUAGAAUGAAAGUUCAAACAAUACUAAUGGAGAGCGUUUACAAGAUCAGAACAGACAUUACAAAUUCAACGUCAUUCGACAUACAAGGUUCAUCCCCUUUACUACAUGAACGAGAAACAAGGCAAGAAAACACCUUACAGUCUCGUGCAAUGAUUUUUAUGUGGCAUAAAAGGUUUUCUGAGGGUCAGGAAGAAGUUAAAGAUGAUGAAGGAGAAGGGCGCCCCAGCACAUCCAAAACAGACGAAAAUGUUACAAAAAUUAGUGAAAUUAUUAGAAAGGAUAGGCGCCUUAGUGGACAAACAGACAACCAACAUUAUUAUUUGGAAGUAUUGAAGAAACUAAGGGAACGUGUAAGGAAAAAACGUCCAGAUUUAUGGAAGAACAACGCGUGGCUGCAUCACCAGGACAAUGCACCGGCCCACAAAGCCAUUUCCAUUAAGCAGUUUUUAGCUGAUAAGAAGAUCCCUGUCCUUAACCACCCACCAUAUUCACCAGACUUGGCCCCUUGCGACUUCUUCUUGUUUCCGAAAAUGCGUUGGAUAUGGUUUACGCAGAUGACUAUUUUGAAUAGAAUAGACGGACUAUUUAUUGAACCUCCUGAGCCUAACGUAGACAACAAUGAAGAUUCCGCUGACGAAAAUGAUGAGGGUAUGAUUCAUAACAUAACAGGUCGCCAGUUACUUGUUCCCGCGGAAAUAAAAUGUAUAAAUAAUACACGCAUGGGCAGCAUAAAAGAGAAGGAAGAGAGGCGUAGAAAAACUAAGCUUCCAGUAUGUUUAGAUUCAAAACCGAUGCUGCUGGUUUCGGAUUUUAGGCGGUUUCUGGAUAAGGUUCUCUAUAUAAGGCAAUUCCUCAGUAUGUCUCCGCCCUUCGUGUUACCAUAUCAUCGAUAUUUGAGUCCCGGAAACGAAUUGGAAAGUGGGGAGCCCGUUGAUCGUGACGAUUACAUAGCCGAAAAACACGACUACGCUUACACCAACGCCAUAUCGGCCGAAGACGUAUUAAGAGCCGACGAAGAGGCUGUGAGAGAAUUUUGGAGUGAUUUUUCAACAACGGGUAAUUGGCAUUCACUGAUCGCCAUGCAUCGUUUUAAGAAUAAAGACUUUUUGGAACUGUGGCUUAAAGAAAAAAACAAAGGCGAUAAAUUUUCUGCUAUUUAUCUUCAAAUUAUAAAGGAAGUAGGAGAAAAGAUAAAUCCAUCCAAUAUACAAAAAAUUAAAGAAAAAAUUCAUCGUUUAUGUCGCAGUUUUGAUGAAAGAUGGUCCAAAGUGUUGCGGAACAAGGAAUAUUUUCAGAAAAAAAAAUCGAAUUGGCUAAAAAGUGAUUUUAGUAUUGAGAUGAAUGAACCUAUGCCAUCUACAUCUUUCGGUCGUCCUACAAUUCUGUUUUCUGAAAAAUUAAAUCGAUCAAAAAGAAGAGAAGCCUCGCAGUUAUCACAUGAAAAACAACAUGAGUCAUCAUUAAUAGUACAAGCUGCAAGUAUGGCGGCACGACAACAAGGAAUGCAAGAUUUAGCAGUCAUGCCAAAAGGAGUAAACAAAAGCCCAUCUCGACCAGCUAAAAUUAGAAAAAUGCUGUUUUCGUCCAAAGAAGGAACUGUAAAGUAUACGCCUGAAGAAGCCCUAGAAUUUAUUCUAGAUAACAAUUUUAAUCCUGCUCAACCUUCAUCUUCUCAUGACGUUUCGGAUAUUGGACAAGAUGAAGGAUAUGGCACCCAAAUGAGUCGAGGGAAUGCUCCUAUGAAUACCGACGAAGUAGAUGCCGGAGAGGAAAUGGAAAAUCCGUCCAAUACGGAAGGGGUUACAAAUCCUACAAACGGAAUGGAAUGCGAAAAUCCUCUCACUUAUGGCUCAAGUAAGCAAGUUUUUGAACAGACGAUUUCUGAAAGUGGUAGUAGUGAUGGAGAGUGGUUGAAGGAGAUUCAAAACCUACCCACAGGAAGUAAAAGAAAAUGUGGCUCUCUGGUAAAAGAGAAUAAGAAAUUAAAGGGAGAGUUAGGAAUUGCUCGAACUAAAAUAAAUAACUUGCAGACCCAAUUAAGAAUAGCCAAAAUGAAAAUAUUAAAAGUCCAGCUCGCAGCAAGUAAACAUUUUAAGGAGGCUACUACAACAGUAUUUUCUAAAACUCUAGCUACCUUUAAAAUAAACAUUGUUGCAAAUUUAAUGAAACCUGCUAAUACCGCAAAUUCAGCAACAAAUGCAGAUGAAGACAUAAAUAUUUUAGAUCUUGAGGAAGUAGGCACAUCAUCAUGUGAUUUACUAUUGAAAAAAGACGGUGAAGAAAAUGAGUUAAAUAUAGUACAAUCUUCAAAUAGUGACAGUGAUUCUGAUUUGUCUACAUCAACUGCUCCCUUAGACUUUAAGUUUAAUUUAGAAAACUGUUCGACCACUUAUUUUGCUGGAUAUUUGGUCAGAAAGUGCUUGAAAAAAUUUAAUUGUGUUAAUUGUCAAACAUUGCUAGAAGGAUCUCAAAAUUUUGAUAAUAACGAGGAAUUGUUGAAUUUUUAUAAAAAUUAUGAUCUUGAAGAACAAAAUGCAUUAAAAACACCAACAGAUAUAAUAAAAUAUUUUACAAAAAUAUGUUUAGAUACUUUCAAGGCUCAAAAUUCUAAUCUCUCAAAAACUCCGGCGGGUAAUCAGCCGCUCAAUUUGGAUGUAACAAAACUUGUUAUUGACUUCUACGAAAGUGAAGAGAAUUCUAAACAAUUAGCGGGCAUGAAAGAUUUCAAAUCUGUGAAGGAUUGUGAUGGUUCAGUAAAACGCUAUGCUGCUAGAGCUUCAUUACAAAUGGAUAAUAAAGAACAUAUACUGACACCACAAGAUUUACAUUCCUGGGCAAUCAAGAAUUUCACAGGCAUUGAUUUUACUUUUAUAACGAAUGCUGAUUAUUUAAUCAAAAAAACUGUGUUAGACGUACGAUAUUCUCCAUCGAAAACGGUAAAGGGUACACAGUCAUUGCACACUUUUUCACCAAUAAAAGAUGAAAUUGGAUAUGCUUUUAUUAAAACUGUAUCAACAUCUGAAAAAUGUUCGAAAAUAAAAGUAUUUUAA